AUGAUAUUCAGAGCUACCUGUUGGAAGCCAGAAAAUAACAUAGAGGUUAAAAUCAAAGUGGGGUUUAUCAAUGAAAACGUCAAUAGUAACGAUAAUGUUGAUGACGAUUGUCAUAGUAAUUUUAAUAAUCAUAAACAUGAUCUUAAUAUGAUUCAUGUCAUAUAUUUCAAUUAAAUGAUGAUAAUAGUAAUAAUGAAUUUGAUGAUAUUUGAUAAUGAUGAUGCUGAUGAUAAUUAUGAUGAUAGUGAUGAUGAUGAUGAUAAUGAUGAUGAUGAAGAUGACGAUGAUGGCUCUGCGAAUGACAUCGACACAGCGAUAGAACGACUUCAUAAGGUGAAGAAGACAAACUUUUUUGGAAAGCCUAUCAAGAAUAAUGAUAACCAUUAUUGCUAA